AUGCCAAGGGGAUUUCUUGUAAAGAGGAACCGAAGACCUUGUGGCUCUUACCGAAUUCCUUGUGAGGACAAUGGACCUCCCCAGUCUCUGCCCACACCAUCAGCUCUGGAUAUCAUGGUGCCUUAUAACUCCUUCGUGAUCUCAGGUGCAGAGACUGCUGUUGAGGACAAACAGCCCGCAACUCCUCCAGAUGAUCCACCAAGAACAUCUAAAGACCUCUCCCCCCCGAAAACCAGUGGUGGCAUAGAGCCCAUGGGGCACUGGAGCCCCAUCCCUUACAGCCCUGUGCAACCUGUGGGGUUGGAGAUGAAGAAAACUUUCUUCAAGCGUUAUAUGGGUUCUCCAGCCGCUGCUGAAUCCUUCCCUGUGGCUGCUUCAUUGACCUCCAUGGAGAAGCUUCUGUCUCACCAUCGCCACAACCCUUUCCUGACACCAGAAUCCAAGCUCCAUCCAAGUCUGUGUUCCAGGGAGCCUGCAAGGUCUACAAAACCUGUCCCCAAGAAGCCCAAAGCCAGCAGGAAGCUGCACUUCACCGAUGAGGUGACCACAUCUCCAGUGCUGGGCUUGAAGAUCAAAGCUGAAGAACCUGAUGGCAAGGCUCGCAGUCCCCUGAUCAAGCGGCCACCUCUUGGAGAGUUUAUCUGCCAGCUCUGUAAGGAGCAGUACGCCGACCCUUUUGCAUUGGCUCAGCACAAGUGCUCCAGGAUAGUCCGGGUGGAAUACAGAUGUCCAGAGUGCGACAAGAUCUUCAGCUGCCCGGCUAACCUGGCUUCUCAUAGGAGGUGGCAUAAACCCAGGACAGUGAGCAAUGAGGGGCAAGUGGGGAAGAAGCUUCCUAUUCUUCUGGAAGAGAAGGAGAACAGCCGUGGUGGGGGCGCUCCACUGAGCCUGGCGGAGCAGAGCAGCCGCAUUCAGCACCAGCACAGUGUGGACAGCUCCCAGCGCUCAGACCAGCACCUGCGCCUGGGGAACAGCUCCUUCCAGAGCAGGGAGGGUGCCCAGACCCCCAUCUCCCAGGCGGCCUCUGAAGAAGUCGAGGAGGAGGCUUUUCACUGUCCCUACUGCCACAAGAGGUUCAGAAGACAUGCCUACCUGCGCAAACACCUGCUCACCCACCAGCCCUAUGGCCCCUUGGAGAGAGGAGGGCAGCUGACUUACCCCUGCACCCUCUGUGGAGUUCACUUCCCAUCCAUGGACAUUAGAGACAAGCACAGGCUUUGGCAUGCAGUCAGAGAAGAACUUCUCCUGCCCCUGGAAGAAGCUCUGGUAGCCGAGGGAGGGCAGCAAAUCUUCCCAUGUGAAUUCUGCCCUACUGCCUUCUUCAGCUCCCCUGGUCUUAGCUUGCACAUGAACAAGUGUCAUUCAUCUGAGAGCAGAGCAGACCUACCCCUCACCCUGAGACCUGGCUGCUGA